AAAUGAAGCGGAGAAAAAACUAAAUGAUGAAAUAGAAAAACAAAAAGCAUUUGAACUUAUUAUCAAGGGACUAAAAAAUGUUGAAGAAACUGUUAGUAAAACCGAUGAUGAUAUUAAAUCACUUUUAGUUCCUGUGAAACCGUUAACACAAACAUCAGAUUUUAUUACCAAACAACGAAAAAUGAUACGAGAUAGAGACUUCGAAACAGAAAUUAAAAAUUAA